AUGUUUUUCCUGCGUAGCGUCCUGCUUAUUGCGCUCGAUGUGGUAAAGGGGCCGUACUUGCACUGCCAUGCCCCAAUGGAUCCAGUUGUGCGGGCCACACAUGCGGCCGCGCCACAUGCACACGCCACCCACGCGCGCAGCAGCAGCAGAAACAGCGGCAAGGAGGAGGACAACGGGGGCUGCCAGAAUGCUUCAGGCAGUCAUGGCCACACGGCGCAUGAAAACAGUUGUAAUUGCGAUCCGUCGUCAUACGCAGCGGCCUCUGGCGAUAGACUUGCGGCAUUUAGGGAUGUGUUUGUGCCAAGGUCAGAGUUCUGCCGUCGCGUCAUGUACCUUAUGGAGGCUGAGACUGGUCUCUUAUACCUCUUCUACCCUGAGGAGAUCGCAGGACUGCACUACCAGCGUAAGACUCUGCGUUACACGUUGUGUUUUGUCUUUGGUGUAAACGUGGGGCUUGUCACGCCAAGCGCGAGUCUGACGGAGCGCCUUAUACAACCGUACAGUGUUGUGCUGACCGGCAUCAUGGAGGAGCUGCGCAAGGCGGAGCUGGCACAUGGGUACAUGUCCACGGGUUUUCUGCGUUCCUCGUCUCGUUCGGCCUCGUUUGCGUCGCCACUUUGUGCGCCACGCGAGACGGAAUCAACAACGACGACAACGAUGGUGGAUGACUCUGCGGCUCAGCUUGCACGGGUGGACGCGGCUGUCGCCGUUGGUGGUGAUGGUAGCGUGGACAGCACCUCGGAAUCUGCAACGACGCUGGCUGCCUCGCAACCUCUUCCUCAUCCCGCUGCUCCUUCCGUGACUGCGACGGGAGUUGCUUCUGCCGCUGCCGCCGCGCAGACGACUCCGUUGUCGGCGACGAGUGAUGAGUUCUCCCACCCAGCUGGCAAGAGCGUGGCUCGGGUGAAUGUGUUUUUGACGCCCCUGCAGGACCCGGCACUGUUGCAGUGGACGCCGCUGGAGGAGAUGAUCGCGACCCUCUACGCCUGCCUAAGCCGCGAGGGGCGACAGGAGGCGCUGAAAAUAACGCGCGCCCCCAGAACAACGGAGGCGCCGGAGGUAAAUGCAGACUGGUCGCAAUUGACGACUAGAAAGGAGGAGGAGGAGGAGGAAGAAUUGCUUUUACCAUUGCAGGAGCGCACUGUUUCCAUACGACUCUCACAGACGCAUUCUUAUCACUUUCGUCGCGUGACCCAGCCGUAUGUGUUGCGGCAUCAUACACUUGAUGAGGUGCCUAUUCCCAUUACGGGCUACACGGCGGAGGUGUUUGAGUGGGCGGACCUGACUAUUCAAGAUGUCUUCAAGGCAGUAGAUGGGCACCGCACCAUUGCCAACAUUGUGCAGCUCCUCGCCACGGGACAUGAGUCCUUUGAGGAGGAGGCGGAGAGGGAAUCCCAUAUGCUGUCGCCGCUAAGCAACUCGCGCCCGACGGGGUUGCCCUUUCACGCGUUGACGUGCACCCGCUCGCUUGCUGCCAAAAGUGCGGCAGGAGGCUUCGUCGCGAGCCCGUCUUUGCGUAGCCCAAACCUCCUGCCGCAGACGACGGCGGGUAAUCUCUCGUCCCCCCGCGGUACCGACACGCGGGUACUCUCUCCGCUAUCUUGUGGCUCACGCCCCGGCAUGAGUCCCUUCUUGAUGGCCUCAACGUGGCAAGUUCUGCCGGCCUCGCUUCGUGUACCCCAAGAACGAUCUGCGGAGGGUGCGGAGGGUGCGGCGACGUGCAGCCAUGAGUCGGGGCAGCCUCGGUGGGUUGAGUUGGAGCUCAUGGUACUGGAGGCACUGCAGCACCUUGAGGUCCACAACUACGUGCGUAUUGUGCGCCGGUGCCAGCUUGAAAGCACAUACAAUACAACUAGAGCCUUUGCGCUGAUGAUGAGCGAUCGUCACCAUGCAUCACGGCGCAUUAUUGGCCAACGCAUGCUGCUCGUGGAGGAAGAGUUUUAUCGCCUCCGAAAGAGGCAACAGACUGCACAGCAAGAGAGACAGCAACUGCACAAAAGACGACUGCAGGAAUUAAAGGGUGGAGUGCGUACCGGAUCUGGUGAUUCUCCCGGUGACACCUACACUUUGACGUUACCAGCUGUAUUAUUGUCCAAAGCCGCGCUUGACUGGCAAGAGAAGAAGAACGACGAGGCUGCAAAAGACGAGAAUGAGAAACGAGAGCUAAAACCACAGGAAGCAGAAGCAGAGGGGCAUGCAGGGGGGGAUGUUGCACUGGCUUCCGUUGCAACCGUAGAGCAACCCGCGCAUACUUCGCCUCUGUCAUGGACGGUGCCCACAACACAUGACGUGGUGAAGGCUCCGUCGAGCGACUUGGAAGGGGCGGCAUCCAGUGGCGCAGCAUACAGUGAGUCGAAUAUAAAUGCUGCCGCCGCAGCUUCGCUCUGUGCCCUCGGCAAAUUCACGAAUAACACGGUGGCCAAUGUUCAGUGGGAGAUGCGCCGCAUUCCUGGGUGGUCCACAGCCUUUGCGGGCUGGGAGGAGAUGUGCUGUAAGGCGCUGGUGGAGAUCGCGUUGCUCAAUGACUGGCUGGUGGAGGUCGGAGGGAAGCCAGCGUACUGUUCUUAA